AUGGCCAGUGUCCUGCCACACAGAAGUGUUGCCCAACCACCGGUGGCUUUGCAUGCAGUGAACCACGUGGUCAGGGAAGAGGUCGGGCAAGUUGCCAGGCAAGAGGCCAGGGUCAGGAAAGCGGCCAGGGCCAGACAAGCGGCCAUGGUCAGGGAAGCGGUCCGGGAAGAGGCCAUGGUCAGGGAAGCGGUCGGGGAAGUGGUCAUGGUCAGGGAAGCGGUCGGGGAAGCGGCCAUGGUCAGGGAAGUGGUUAUGGCCAGGGAAGCGGUUAUGGCCAGGGAAGCGGCUAUGGUCAGGGAAGCGGCCAUGGUUAGGGGAGCGGUUAUGGCCAGGGAAGCGGUUAUGGGUCAGGGAAGCGGUUAUGGCCAGGGAAGCGGCCAUGGUCAGGGAAGUGGAAGCGGUUAUGGCCAGGGAAGUGGUUAUGGCCAGGGAAGCGGUCAGGGAAGUGGUCAUGGUCAGGGAAGCGGUUAUGGUCAGGGAAGUGGUCAUGGUCAGGGAAGCGGCCAGGGAAGUGGUCAUGGUCAGGGAAGCGGUUAUGGUUAGGGAAGCGGCCAGGGAAGUGGUCAUGGUCAGGGAAGCAGCCAGGGAAGUGGUCAUGGUCAGGGAAGUGGUCAUUGAAAUGGUCAUGGGAAUUUUGCAUACCACUUGAGAUCUUUUAAAUUCAGUGCUUUAUUCAUAUGGCAUGUUUUCCCUGUUUGCUCAAACAAUUUAGAAAGAUUUUGUCCCUCUCCCACCCCCACCUC